GUUUGAGAUAGUUCGGGAUAGAUUUCGUCCAGUAUGCUAGGAGUACCAGGCUAACAAAGAAACCAACAUUGGAUUGUAAAACCGCUGCAAGCCGGCCCGAGACGGAGCGUUUUGGACCACACCCCCGCAAAAGUCCGAUGUCACCUCCGGUCGGGUCCCGACUCCCGUCCCCCACCUCCGAACACGUCAUUGAAACCCAAACAACACAACGACAACCACAAUUCCGCAAGCAAAAGUUGUUCUCAACGCAACAAGAACUUUUGAUCAAAUCAUCACCCAAUUGAAGCCCAAUUCAUAAAUCAUAAUGGCUGAAAACAACGAUACCUUCACCAUCGCCGGCGGGGACAUCCCGGUAGCGUCGUCAUCAGCAACAGCACAAGCCGAAGCCCAAACCCAGACAACGGAAUCAUCAAGCGACUCACAACAACCCUCAGUUUCCCCCGAAGAAGAAACCCUCCCCUUUGCCCCCUCCCUCUCCACAUCCGUCCUCCUCCCACUUACCCCCACCACCUCCUCCGCCCCCGCGCUUACCCACGUCCAGCGCGUCUGGGACUCCAUCCGUCCCAACUCCGCCAUCUACAACCUUCUUCUAUCCGACAUCGUCCUCGUAGCCGCCGUCUCCUACCCCACCGGCCGCAUCCUCGCCCAUUUGACUUUAAACCCAGUCCACCUCAACAGCAAGCGCAUCCUGCACGGCGCCGUCAGCGGGACGUUGUGCGAUUGGGCCGGGGGGAUGGCUAUUGCUGCCAGCAUUGCUGGUGAUGAACUCAAAGAGGGGGAGAAGGAGGGGGAGAGAAAGAUGACGACGGGCGUGAGCACGGACAUGCAUUUGAGUUAUUGCUCGACGGCUAGGGAGGGAGAUACGCUGGAGGUGGAGGCGUGGGUUAGUAGGCGCGGGAGGAAGUUGGGGUUUACGGGGUUUGAGAUUAGGAAGAGGGUGGAGGGGUGGGAAAGGGGCGAGAGGGGGGAGGUGGUGGUGUGCGGGAGUCAUACCAAGUAUUUGCCUUUUGGGCAGAAGAGGGAGUAG